UAAGUGUCAAAGUAUAUGAACUAAAAAGUGAGAACCUCGUGCUAAAAACGCUACUCCUUGAUUCCAGAGAAGAAACUGUCAAAAUUAAGCAAGAAAUGAUACAAAUAAAGGAACAUUUAUCAUCAGGUAAAGACCAUAAUGCAACUUAUAGUCAAGUAAUUAAGAAUUCUUCCAAUCACAAGACAGCGGAACGUGUAAUUUCUCAAUGGGACACGGUAAACCGCAGCCAGCCGCGUGACCUACUUAACAGUCAGCAGGAAUCACGCUGCGUCGAGAGACGAUGGCAAAGAACGUGUCGACAGUACACCAUUCACGUUAGUGGAACACAGGCGCAAGUCCAACAAAAGAGAUACCAGUGACAUUAAACGCUCAACGGAAAUGAAGAAAACACCUAUGAAAAUUGGGAUUCGUAACAUUUCCACACUUAAAAUGUUACCUAAACCAGCACCCAAAAGAAUGAAAGCUCUUUUUGUGACUCGUUUCGACCCAAGUGUACAAGAACAAGAAAUUGUAGAAUACAUUUCAAGUUAACUGAACUUAGAUCAUAUUAAAGUAACGAAGAUGAAAACUAAAUUCAAUUCAUAUGCCUCCUUCCAUGUUCAGGUUUUAGAAGAGGACUUCAGUCGAAUUAAUAACAUUGUGUUUUGGCCCAGUGGCUGCCUAAUAAGCCCCUUCUAUGGUAAAUUACACCCAGAACAAAUCUUGAGCAACUCAUCCACUACCGAGGAAUUAAACACCUCUACCUGUAAAGCCGCGUACACACUUGCGCGCCGCGGCUGCAAUGCAACACGCCACGAACAGGAUUCGCCAGGUGUGUACGGGCCCUCGAACACGCGCCGAGCGUGCGCCGCGCACGCCACGAACCGCGCGCCGCGAACCGCCAGCUGUCGGUUUUUUCGACGAACACAAAGGGAUUCGGCGCGCCAGUGUGGACGUGUUUGCAGCUCGCAGCGCACACGCAGCGAACAUGGAGUGGAGCGAAGAAGAUAUGUUGGGCUUGAUUGAAGUGUAUAGAACACAUCCUGUGCUUUGGGACCCAAGUAAUAGAGACUACUACAAAAAAGCUAAAAAAAUGGAUGCGUGGAGAGACAUAGCUGUUACAGUCGGGCAGUUAGAAGAUGAAUGCAGGAAAAAAAUGAUUAGUUUGCUGUCGUCGUACAGAAGGGAGAAGUCAAAAGAAAAAAACACAAUAGGGACUGGUAAAGGUACUUCCGAAGUGUAUACCAGCCGAUGGUUCGCCUACGAGUCGUUAAAAUUUCUGGAAGGCAGAGAUAAGCCACGGCCAACAAUGAACACGGAGCCGGUGAUCAUUGAAGGAAACCACGUCCAUCAAGAACUGAAUGUGCAAAAUGAAGACCAAGAAUUUCUUUCUCCAAGUGCACCUAAGCGAGCAAAAGGAAGGCAACAGGGUGAUGGAACUGCACUGCUAGCGGAUGCUGUUAGCAUUCUACAAGCUACUGCUGGAAAAUUCAACAUGUCUACUGAACAGAGCGAGAUUAAAACAUUUUGCGCAUAUUUAUCUUCCAAAAUGGCGACAUUUUCUUCAGCUACAAGAUUGGGGGUUCAGCACGCUGUUUAUGACAUUUUGAUGAAAGCAGAUCGAGGUUUGUUUGAAAUACCUACAUACAACUAUGGUCAAGGUCAACUAUUUCAUUCCAAUGCACCUGAAAACUAUUCUACUCGCAUGUAUAUGCAACAGCCAGCUUCCCACUCAUCAACUUCAUCAGUUUAUCUUCCUGCUCAACAACAACAACAACAACAACAACAACAACCCUUUGAGCCAAAUCUGUCGCAGUCUUCUCCAGCUGGUCGGUCCCCGACACAAAUGACUCCACAUGCACAAGUUACUAUGCUACCUAGUGCCUCGGCUACAAGUAUACAAACAAAUUCAAGUCACACCAUUUCACCGCUGGCGUCAAUGCAAAGUCCUUUAUCGCAUUCAUCUCAGUGUUCUGAUGAUUUUAAUGACUGUGUGUAAAUUGCAUCACAAUUUUUGUGUUAAUUUAUUUAUUUGUUUAUGUGAACUACUCUGAUUUAAUUUGAAUUUAAUGAGUUCAUUUAUUUAAUUUUUCUUUCUUACAUCAUUUGAGUACUGUAUUUUUGAAAAUAUCGUUUUAUAAAUAAAAACUUAAGCAAUAAGAACGUUUAUUUGUUCUAACGUUCAACUUACCUUGAAAUUUUCUUUCAACACUUCAAUUAACGCUGAGCAGACUUCUGUUACUAUUCCUCCUAUAGCCUGCUUUGAAAUUCUGAACAGAUAUUGCAGACUUGAGUACGAGUCUCCUGUCGCUAGAAACCGCAAUGUCACGGCUAACCUGGAACAUUAAAAUUGAAAACCUGUGUACUUAAACAUAUUGAACAUUAACACUUUUAAUAAUGCUGACAGGGAAAUUGCUGUCAGGCAUUAGUACAAAUUGUAAACAAUUCAUAGGCUACUUACCGAUCUUGAAU